AGGCGACAUAUCCUCCUCGAGAGGAGCUGGACAGGUAGAGGGAAGGCAGUCAUACGCUCACUACCCCGCUCGAGCCAUACGGUUCAUCGAUUCAAGGUGGAUGAGGUUGAGCAGACGCUUUUAAUAUCUAAUAAUUCUGGCUCGUUGAUAGGAGGUCUCAAGGUUGCGGACAUAACAUCCGACGAGAUAUUGUGGUCACUACCUGCAGUCUCUAACGUCUCGCAGAGAUAUGUAGAAGCAUAUGCACACGUGGAAUACGAUUCUACACAUGGUUACCUCGUCUUCAACCGU